CCGGAGGAUGUGACGUCCUGGUCGUAGAGGAGCUUGUAGGCGACCAUAUCCCGUCAGGCUGCUGGUUAACGUUGAUGUUUGGUGAGGCUUAUUACAAGCUGCGGGGAUGGCCAACUGUGUGUGAAUGCAGCCGCCUCAGGUGAACAGAGAGCGGGAUAAAGACAGUCACAAUACAGGCCUAAACGCAUCCUCCACCGAGCUCCACAAAUAUGGAUCUAACUUUUGUAUUAUCAGCUGUUAUCUUCACUCUUCUCGCGAUUGUGGUCGCAACGUCGCUUUUUAGCGGCUCGUCGCCUACAGUCGACUUUGCAAGUUAUUUCGGAAACAGAGGAGACGGCGCAGCCGGGGGAUUAGAUCAGCCGAAGCAGAAUGGCUAUUUACCGGACAAGAAGAAGAAGAAGAAGGAGGAGGAGGAGGAGGACGACUGGUGCGAGAUCAGCGGGAGCACGCAUGAUCACUGGGAUGUGGUGAAAUCUGUGCUUUCAGAGGAGGCACAUCCCCACCCUCACACUGAAGAACUGGCAACACCAGUUGAGCACUCCUCCACAUCCAGCCUGUGCGUCCCCAGGCCUGGAUGUAGGCAUAUGAGCUUAGAGGUAGACUCGUCCUCCAGGGCCUCGUCGGGGGCGAGCCGUAGGUCAUUCAUUGGGCUCUCUGAUAAGGAGCUCCUAAAGUGUGCUUUCUCAUACCCCCAGAGUGAAGGAGCCACAGAGAGCCCGGGGAUCAACGAUACAGAGGAACCAAAUGCAAACGAUUCCUUGAAGUACGUCCCUGGAAAGGCACGAUCCCACCACUUGCAAAUGAUGAUGUCGGCAGAGGAGCUGGAGGAGGAGCAGAGGAUACACUCCAACACAGACUUUAACUGUCUGUAAGCCUGAAAAAGGAGCAAAUAUGUGGGUGCAACGUGAGCAGCUGGCAGCCAUCUUCCAGCUGCUGAAAGACAACCAGGAGACGUUUGGGGAGGUGUCCGAGGGAGAAAUGGAGGAGCAGCUCAGACUCUACUCCAUCUGAGACGCCUCUUUUGUGUUUUUAGGAUCCUCCCUUUUAAAGGCGCUCUUUUAACACGUGAACGCUAAAGGACUACUCCAGUGCACCAAAUAUUUCAAUAAACUUGUUCGCAGUAUUCAACUCAAGCUGUGCAGUCCACUCAACAACCACUAUCAUUUGUGUUUUCAUAUGACGUACUUUGUUUUACUAUGUUGUUAUAUUUUUGUAGCAUCCACCUGUCAGCACAUGAAGAAUAAAGCAAAACAGCAUUUUAUAGCUACCCAUAAGUAAAAGGGAUAA